GUCUUUCCUUUCCCGGGCUGGGUUGCGUCCGCCCGCACGUCCCGGCCUGCGGCGACGCAGAGAACAAAAGGACAAGAUAAUAAAGUACAAAAUGGUUCUUUGCAUCAGAAGGAUACAGUACAUGACAAUGACUUUGAGCCCUACCUUUCUGGACAGUCCAAUCCGAGUAACAGUUACCCCUCGAUGAGUGACCCCUACCUGUCGAGCUACUAUCCACCAUCCAUUGGCUUUCCUUACUCCCUCAAUGAGGCGCCAUGGUCUACUGCAGGGGACCCUCCGAUCCCAUACCUCACCACCUACGGACAGCUUAGCAAUGGAGACCAUCAUUUCAUGCAUGAUGCUGUGUUUGGGCAGCCUGGAGGGCUGGGGAACAAUCUCUAUCAACACAGGUUUAACUUUUUCCCAGAAAACCCUGCGUUUUCAGCAUGGGGAACGAGUGGUUCUCAAGGGCAGCAAACUCAGAGCUCAGCAUAUGGAAGCAGCUACACCUACCCACCCAGCUCCCUGGGCGGCACGGUGGUUGAUGGGCAGACACCCAGCUCCCUGGGCGGCACGGUGGUUGAUGGGCAGACGGGAUUUCACAGUGAUACCCUCAACAAGGCCCCUGGGAUGAACAGUCUAGAGCAGGGCAUGGUUGGCUUGAAGAUCGGGGACGUUACCACCUCUGCAGUCAAGACAGUGGGCUCGGUUGUCAGCAGCGUAGCACUGACAGGUGUUCUUUCGGGAAAUGGCGGAACAAAUGUAAACCUGCCAGUUUCAAAGCCAACCUCGUGGGCGGCCAUUGCCAGCAAGCCUGCAAAACCACAGCCUAAAAUGAAAGCCAAGAGCGGGCCUGUGCUGGGGGGCACACUGCCUCCCCCGCCAAUCAAGCAUAACAUGGACAUUGGCACCUGGGAUAACAAGGGGCCCAUGCCAAAGGCCCCAGCCCCCCAACAGGCCCCGGCUCCCCAGGCUGCCCCACAGCCCCAGCAGGCUGCCCAGGCUCUCCCAGCUCCGCCUCCCCCUCUGGUCCAGCCACAGUAUCAGAGUCCUCAGCAGCCGCCCCAGGCCCGCUGGGGUGCCCCUCGCAACAGAAGCACAGCCUUUGGGCAGAGCGGAGCCGUCAGCAGUGAUGGCAGCUCUCCCGGGAAUGCCCAGCCCACCUCUGCCCCCAGUGCGGAGUCCCACCCAGUCCUUGAGAAACUGAAGGCUGCCCACAGCUAUAACCCUAAGGAGUUUGACUGGAAUCUCAAGAGUGGACGAGUGUUCAUCAUCAAGAGCUAUUCUGAGGACGACAUCCACCGCUCCAUCAAGUACUCCAUCUGGUGUAGCACAGAGCAUGGCAACAAGCGCCUGGACAGCGCCUUCCGCGCCGUGGCCAGCAAGGGGCCCGUCUACCUGCUCUUCAGUGUCAACGGGAGCGGGCAUUUCUGUGGGGUGGCUGAGAUGAAGUCCGCCGUGGACUACGGCACCAGCGCAGGGGUCUGGUCUCAGGACAAGUGGAAGGGGAAGUUCGACGUGAAGUGGAUUUUCGUCAAGGACGUGCCCAAUAGCCAGCUCCGGCACAUCAGGCUGGAGAACAACGACCACAAGCCGGUCACAAACUCCCGAGACACACAGGAGGUGCCCCUGGAGAAGGCCAAGCAGGUGCUGAAGAUCAUCGCUUCCUACAGGCACACGACCUCCAUCUUCGAUGACUUUUCUCACUAUGAGAAGCGACAGGAGGAGGAGGAGGUGGUACGCAAGGAGCGGCAGAAUCGAAACAAACAGUAAGAACAAACCGGUGUUUCUGGUUCACAGUGACUUUGAAACAAGUUUUCAACUGUAUGCUUGGUGCUGCCUCUGGCAUCAGCUCCAGCGUGUUGUCCAGAGCGGGUCGAGGGCUUGCGUCUUUACUCUUUGUAGUUCAUUUUUGCCAGAUGGAUCUGCAUUCAUUUUUAUCUUUUAUAUGUAUCAUAACCUUCCUUGUAGAACUCACUAAUAAAGGACUAUUUUUUGUCAGCUUAUCAGA